AUGCGCGGCGGCCCCGUCUUAGCGCUGGUUCCGUAGAAUCCAUUAGCUUGGAAAAUAUCCCCGAGAUCAUGGAGCCCGCCCUGGGAGCCGGCGCCGCCGUGGGUUCUUCGCUCCGGGAAUGCGGGUGGCGUUUGCUGGGAGAGCCACGGGGCGACCGAAGAGUGGGGACGCUGGGGUUGCGUCCAAGUAUCAGCAGUAGAGGUCGACACCCCGGAGGAGAUGUUUGUGGAGAACGGGACGGACGCAAAGCUCCCAUGCACAUUCACAUCCGUGGAAGUGAUCAGCAGUGCAGCAUCUGUCUCCUGGAGCUUUCAACCAGAGGGAGCAGCCACUCGUAUCUCAUUUUUCUAUUACUCUAAUGGGAAGUCAUACCCUGGAAAAGACAUACCAUUUAAAGACAGGAUCACUUGGGCUGGAGAUCUUAACAAGAAAGAUGCUUCUAUCACUAUAUCAAACAUGCAGUUCCGGGACAACGGCACGUACAUUUGUGAUGUCAAGAACCCACCUGACAUUGUUGUCAAACCAGGAGAAAUCCGAGUUAGAGUUGUGGAGAAAGACAGCCUGCCUGCGUUCCCCAUUGCCACCGUGGCAGGGAUAGCCAUCGGUACGGUUACAGGUCUCUCAUCGCUCAUCUCUAUUGUCGUGUGUCUUGUCAUCAGAAAGAACAACUCUAAAAAACGAUACUCUGGCUGCAGUACCUCUGAGAGCUUGAUGUCUCCGGUUAAGCAGGCUCCGCAGAAGGCGCCCUCCGACACAGAGGGCCUGGUAAACAGCGUGCCCGCCAGAUCGCACCAGGGCCCAGUCAUUUACGCGCAGUUAGAUCACUCCGGGGGACAGCACAGCGACAAGAUCAACAAGUCAGAGUCUGUGGUCUACGCUGACAUUCGGAAGAACUGAGAUCCUCAGCUAGCCAAAGGAC